AUUUUCACUCUCUCCCCAUCCAAAUUUCCCAAAAGAACUCCGAAAUCCCUUCAACUUUUGUCAAAACCCAAAAUCCUUCAAUCACAAAUUCCUCCAAAUUUUCUCCAAAACCCUUUCAAAUUUCAAAAACCAAAUCAUUCAAUUACCAAGUACUCAAAUUUUCUUCGAAAUCACUUCCAACUUUUUCCAAAAAUCCAAAUCACUAAAUUACUCCAAUUUUUUUCAAAAUCUCUUCCAACUGCCUUUAGAGCAGUAUAGCUAUACUUCUUCUGACACAACAACGCAAUUCAAAUAAGUUUUCUUUAACGCAAUUUGAACUGGUAUCAAAAGUAAGUACUAAAUAUUAUUAUUUUUUUAAUAAAAAUUAGUAUCGAUCUUUUAAUAUAUAAAACUUUCAUUAAAAAACAAUCCAAUUUAUUGAUACUAUUGUCACUCUUAUAAUUAUUAAAUUCCAAAAAAGUAUUUUUGAUAAAACAAGUCAUUUUUUAGAAUAAAAAAUCUGAACAUAACUUUCUACAUACCACCUUAGUCUAGAUUAAAGCAACUUGAUUGUUUUUUAUUCAAGUAGGUGCUAGGAUACAGCACCUAGAAGUGUAAUAGCCAUAGAAAUAUUUAUACAAGAAAAAAAUAGAAAUAAAAGAGGGACCCAAGCCCCAAACCAGGAAACACAUACCUUUAAUUUUCAAUUCCAACAAUACAACUUAUAAAGAUCACCACUUAACAUCUUUUCAUCUCUAUUUUCAAUCUCUCCCCAUCCAAAUUUCUAAAAAAAAACUCCAAAAUCCCUUCAACUUUUGUCAAAACCCAAAAUCAUUCAAUCACAAAUUCCUCCAAAUUUUCUCCAAAACCCCUUCAAAUUUCAAAAACCAAAUCAUUCAAUUACCAAGUACUCAAAUUUUCUUCCAAAUCACUACCAACUUUUUCCAAAAAUCCAAAUCACUAAAUUACUCCAAUUUUCUUCAAAAUCUCUUCCAAUUGUCUUUAGAGCAGUAUAGCUAUCCUUCUGACACAACAACGCAAUUCAAAUAAGUUUUCUUUAACGCAAUUUGAACUGGUAUCAAAAGUAAGUACUAAAUAUUUUUUUUUUCAAAACCCCAAAUCACUCAACUCACCAAAUUUCUUCAAAAAAAAAAAAUGAACAAAAUAAAUUGUGAGUUAUGUGGAAAAAACAGAGCAAGAAUGUAUUGUGAAUCAGAUCAAGCUAACCUUUGUUGGGAUUGUGAUUCAAAAGUCCACUCAGCUAAUUUCCUGGUAGCUAAACAUUCAAGAAAUCUGCUUUGUCAUUCAUGUCAAAGCCCAACUCCAUGGUCCGCUUGUGGCCCAAAACUUUCACCAACUCUCUCCGUUUGCAAUUCUUGUCUCGAAACUUCGUGUCAAGUCAAAAACGGAGAAAGAGUUGAAGAAAAUUAUCAAACGGAAACUGAUAAUGAUAACGAUGACGAUGAUGAUGAUGAGGUGGAAUCUGAUAGUGAUGAGGAUGAAGAUGAAGAUGAUGGGAAUCAAGUUGUUCCUUUAUCAUCUUCUUCUUCUCCAUUGAAGCGAGCGAGGGAAAGUGAUUGCCUCCAUUCUGAGGAUGAAGAGACAUGUUCCUCGAGUUUGAAUUGCCACAAUUUGUUGGAAGAUAACAAGGAAACAUCAUCUUCAAUAGGAUUCUUGAGACCAAGGAAGAUGCUUCGAACAAAUGAAUUUUGCGAGUAGUUUAGUCUUUAUUUUUGCAAACUCUUGUUUCUCUAUAAUCGAUCAACUGACUCCUAGAGACAUACAUAAAUACAAGUUUAUAAUUUUCCAUUCUUUUUUUCUUGAUUCUCUUUGUUUGCUCUUUGUAAUUUUACUUAGAAGCAUCACUUAACCAAGAUUUCAUCUUUUUUCUUUUGGGAACUUCCUAUUGUGCUUA